AUGGUCCAGGUGCUUGUCGAUGCCGGCGCCAACGUGAAUGCCAUCAACAAUAAUGGAGACCCCGUCCUACACCACGCAAUUCCAGAUGCGCCGCCGACCUCAGCGAUCAAAUUCCUGCUCGACAGAGGCGCUGACAGCUCAGCCAGAGGCCAAGGCGGGGAUACCCUCCAGCACCGCGCGGUUUUCGGCUCCGACGAUACGAUACCACUUCUUCACAGGGCCGGCGCUGCUAUCGAGGCGGUUGAUGACGAGGGAGCGACUCCGUUGCACCAUGCAGCUGCGCAUGGGCGUAGAGGAAAGGUCCGGCUCGUCCUGGCUGCCGGUGCCAAUGUCCACGCAACGACCAACGACGGCGAGACGGCGCUGCACCUGACAGCGGGGAUCCCGUCUGCCCCUUACUUGAGCAUGGGGCCAGACUCUGACGAAAAGGCAAGGCUGCCUAUUGACGCCGGGAUAGAUGUGAAUGCGAGGACAACAUCAGGGCAAACGGCCCUGUGUCGGGCGAGAGAGAGUAGACGCAGUGCGGUUGCACAGGUACUUCAAGAAAAAGGGGCAGAAGAAUAA